GAAAGUUGUCGCGUUGUCGUAACGUUGUCGCACAACCGGUGGUAACAUUCUAACAUGCUAGCAUGCUAAUAAGAUGUAAACAUGCUACACCUCGAAAUGUACAAAGAGUAAAUAUGUGCUAAAUACAAACGUUUUUAAUAUAUUAUCUUCUACGGUAGCUGUGUAUCUUGUGUAGACUCACAACGACAUCCUUCAGUCGAGACGCCAUGAAUCAUUCGCUGAUGGCGGUGAGCCCUGACAUCCACAUCUGUGGCUUCUGUAAGCAGCAGUACAACAACUUUGAAGUGUUUCUUGCACACAAGCAGAAAGGCUGUCAGAUUCCUACUACAGACAUCUCAGUCACAAGUACUGGAGCUUCUGAAACCAUGCAAGAGUUUCCUUUGGAGGAGACGUUACAGACCGGCGUGUCAAAGGCAGCGAAGAAGACGAUAAAAACCCAGAAAUCAGCCUCCAAGAAGCUGAAACCUGCUCUCACCCAAAAGCGACGCAUUUGCAGCUUCUCAGGUUGUACAUUCAAAACACAGUACGGCCAAAAGGACAUGGAAAGGCACAUGCUGACUCAUACUGGCGACCGGCCAUUUGAGUGUGAGCUGUGUCACAAGCGCUUCAGUCGGCGGGACAAGCUGAACCUGCACAGCCGCUCACACACCGGGGAAAAGCCGCACAAGUGCAAGCACUGUCCAUACGCCGCCGCAGACAGCAGCAGCCUGAAAAAGCACCUGCGUGUGCAUUACGACGAGAGGCCCUUCAAGUGCCAAAUCUGCCCGUACGCCAGCCGUAACUCCAGCCAACUCACUGUGCACCUGCGCUCACACACAGGUGAUGCCCCAUUCCAGUGUGGUGAGUGCGGUGCCAAAUUCAAAAUCAACUCGGACUUGAAGCGUCACGCACGUGUGCACUCGGGCGAGAAGCCAUAUUCGUGUGAGCUCUGCGAUUACCGCUGUGCCAUGAAAGCCAACCUGAAGUCGCAUGCCCGACUGCGACAUGGUGCCUACUCCUGUACAGAAUGUGACUUCCAGUGCACAGCCAAGGCGGCACUUCGUGCCCACUCCCGCCUGCACGCGCCUGCCCGCCCCCUACGCUGCACCUGCUGCCCGUACUCCUGCACCAGCAAGGGGGCGCUCAAGAGACAUGAGCGCGUGCACUCGGACGAGCGACCGUUCACAUGCCAACGCUGCACCUUCUCCAGCAAGCAGCGUGCCAACCUGCUCGUCCACAUGAGGAAGUGCCAUAGAGAGAAUGGUGUCGAAGGGCAGAGAAAGAGUGCCAAACGAGGACAAGCAGGAGAUGAGUCACCCAGUCCUGCAGCUUCACGGUACCGUGUUAAGCUCGAAGCAGCUCGGGCGUUUCGCUGUAACCUGUGUGAUGCCUCAUUCGUGAGAGAAGAUUCCUUGCGAAGUCAUAAGAGGCAACAUAAUUACACGGAAAAACAGCUCAGAAUCGCACAGUCACAAACUCACAAUAGUACUGUGAAAAAAACAGAUAAAGAGCCAAAGCAGGUCUCAGUGACUCUCACAAACGGGUCCGUUCCUUCCUACGGAAACACACAGCUGAAGAUUUUUGUAGCGCCCCCUUUAGGUCAAGACGGAGCGUUCAUUCAGGCAGCAGUGGACAUCCCAUCUUCUAAACCUGGAACAGUUCUACUUAGUUCAGAAGGGCAGAAUGUAAUUCUCAACCCUGUAAUACAGCAGGUCAGUCUGUUAACCCCCGUGCAGCACAUGACCCCACCAGAGGGCAGCCUCGAGCACCAGACUGUCUUACUAACUCACAUCAGUAGCAGUGAAGAAAACCCUCUUCUGCAGACAAAUGUUUCUUCUCAGGCCUCAAUAGAGACUCAGACCUUCAUCAGUUCCGCUUCAUCUACAGAAAGCGGCCACGCUUUCAUCACAGCAUGCUCGGACCUCGACAGCCUGCACGCACUCAUCCAGCAGGUCACUGUGGUCACCGAGGGUCACGCUUCCAUCACUACCGCAACAACAGCAAACUUCGAAUCUCCACUGGACGUUGUUGAAAGACCGUCAUCUGUGGAUGAGAUGAAGCAUUCAGGGGAGGGAAAUCCAGCUCUGGACGACGGUUUGGUUGCACCUGAUAUGAACGUCGAGUCGUCUCGCUCACUUCUUGUACACAAUGUUACCUUGUCCAUCUCAGAGCAGGAUCAACAGGCUUCCAUCUACCAGCUCUCACCCCAUCACAUCUUCUCUGACUCGAAUCCUCCAGACAGUAUUGAGCACUGAGCAUGUUUCUGGUUCAUACUCCUUUUUGAUUUGUUUGAUUAUGUUUAGGUUUAACAGAGAUAUUUUUAUAUUACUACAGAGGUAGGGAGAUUGGGUCAGUAUGACUAUUAGGAAUAAUGUGUACAAUUUUUAGUAUAAUACAGGUGCAUCUCAGUAAGUACAUUUAUUUUAGUAAUUCAACUCAAAUAGUGAAACUCGUUUAAUAUAAAUUCAGUACACACAGACUGAAGUAGUUUAAGCCAUUUGUUCUUUUAAUUGUGUUGAUUUUGGCUCAAAUCUCAAAACAUUAGAAUACUUCAUAAGACAAAAAACAUUAUUAGUGAAUUUUUGGCCUUCUGGAAAGUAUGUUCAUUUACUUUAUAUGUACUCAAUACUUGGUAGGGGCUCCUUUUGCUUUAAUUACUGCCUCAGUUCGGCAUGGCAUGGAGGUGUUCGGUCUGUGGCACUGCUGAGGUGGUACGGAAGCCAAGGUUUUUUUUAACAGUGGCCUUCAGCUCAUUUGCAUUUUUUGGUCUCUUGUUUCUCAUUUUCCUCUUGACAAUCGCCCAGAUAAAGACUAGAUUCUCUAUAGGGUUCAGGUCUGGUGAGUUUGCUGGCCAGUCAAGCACACCAACGCCUUGGUCAUUUAACCAAAUUUUUGUGCUUCUGGCAGUGUGAGCAGGUGCCAAAUCCUGCUGGAAAAUGAAAUCAGCAUCUUUAAUAUGCUGGUCAGCAGAAGGAAGCGUGAAGUGCUCUAAGAUUUCUUGGUAAACAGGUGCAGUGACUUUAGUUUUCAAAAAACACAAUGGACCAACACCAGCAGAUGAUAUUGCACCCCAAAUCAUCACAGACUGUGGAAACUUAACACUGGACUUCAAACAAAUUGGGCUAUGAGCUUCUCCACCCUUCCUCCAGACUCUAGGUUUUCCAGACCUUGGUUUCCAAAUGAAAUACAAAACUUGCUCUCAUCUGAAAAGAGGAUUUUGGACCACUGGGCAACAGUCCAGUUCUUCUUCUCCUUAGUCCAGCUAAGACGCCUCUGACAUUGUCUGUGUUUCAGGACUGGCUUAACAAGAGCAAUACGACAACUGUAGCCAAAUUCCCUGACACGUCUGUGUGUGGUGGCUCUUGAUGCCGUGACCCCAACCUCAGUCCAUUCCUUGUGAAGUUCCCCCAUAUUCUUGAAUCAAUUGUGCUUGACAAGCCUCUCAAUGCUGCGGUUUUCUCGGUUGGUUGUGCAUCUUUUUCUUCCACACUUUUUCCUUCCACUCAACUUUCUGUUAACAUGCUUGGAUACAGCACUCUGUGAAUGUUUGUGGCUUACCCUCCUUGUGAAGGGUAUCAAUAAUUGUCUACUAGACAACUGUCAGAUCAGCAGUCUUCCCCAUGAUUGUGUAGCCUAGCCAACCAAAUUGAGAGACUAUUUUGAUGGCUCAGGAAACCUUUGCAGGUGUUUUGAGUUGAUUAGCUGAUCACCAUCUUCUAAUUUUUUUGAGAGAGUGAAUUGGUGGGUUUUUGUUAAAUGUGAAAAAAAAUCAUCACAAUUAAAUGUACCAAAGACUUCAACUA